AUGGAGAAGGACGAGAUACUCGCCGACCUUGCUGUUCAGAAGGACGCUGGCUUCGACACGAUCCUUCACGAUGCAGUGUACAACUUAUCACUGCGCGCGGUCAAUCCCGUGGAUGUCAAUGUGACCGAUCUCUCUCUUGAUAUCAACACCGCUCCCUCACCGUGGGAGACUUCGCCAUCCCAACUCUGGCAUCGUCUGCGCGGGCAGAAACCGGAAGUUGUGUCGAAAAAGGUCCUGAAUGGUGUUAGUGCAGCGAUGCCAAGUGGCAGCUUGACUGCCAUCAUUGGAAGUAGUGGAUCUGGCAAAACGUCUCUUCUCAACUUGAUGGCUGCUCGCAUGUCCCUCUCGCGGGCAACUGUUGCUGGGGGCACGACCUUCAAUGGAGACACCGAUAUCAACAGCGUCCGCAGUGCCUAUGUUAUGCAAGAGGAUGUUCUCAUUCCGACUUUGACCGUUCGCGAAACUCUGCGAUACUCGGCCGAUCUCCGUCUCCCACCACCGACCACCCAGGAAGAGCGCCAUGCCAUCGUGGAGCAGGUUAUCCUCGAACUGGGACUGAAGGAGUGUGCCAAUACUCGCAUUGGAACGACCGCGCAUAAAGGCUGCAGUGGGGGUGAGAAGCGGCGCACGAGUAUCGGUGUGCAGUUGCUUGCCAAUCCAUCGGUAUUGUUUUGCGAUGAGCCGACUACAGGACUCGACGCAACCAGCGCUUUUCAGAUCAUCCGAACCCUGAAGCGACUCGCCCAAGACGGUCGCACCGUCAUCGUGUCUAUCCAUGCGCCUCGCUCUGAAAUUUGGAGUCUCUUUGACAAUGUGAUUCUCCUGGCUCGUGGGUCGGCACUGUAUAGUGGCCCAGUGAGCGAGUCGUUGGUGCACUUUAAACAAUGUGGGCAUAUUCUGCCUCCUUUUGUCAAUCCAGCUGAGUUCCUCAUUGACUUGGCUGCCGUCGACAAUCGGACCGAGGAAUUGGAAGCAGCGUCUCAUGUCCGCGUUGAUAAUCUCCGCCAGGCAUGGCAAUCUCGCCCUAGGCCAGAUGCGACGGAGGGUAAUGCCGAAAAGAAGUCCCUAGCGAAGCUGGCUCUAGAAGGCGACGACACCGGUGCCAUGAAGAAAGUCUCGUUUCGCCGCCAAUUCCGUGUUCUCACUUCGCGAACUUUCACCACGACUAUCCGCGAUCCAAUGGGUGUUGCUGGUAGUCUUCUCGAAGCCGUCGGCAUGGCUGUGAUUAACGGCUGGAUAUUUCUACAGCUUGACGAGAGUCUUGCGGGUAUCCGUUCACGACAGGGUAGUCUGUACACUGCUAGCAGUCUGAACGGAUAUCUGAUCUUGCUAUACGAGACGUACCGCCUAACCAUCGACAUCCGUCUGUUUGACCGAGAACGCAAUGAAGGUGUGGUUGGUGUCCCGGCAUUCCUGUUGAGCAGGCGAGUCGCCCGAUUUCCACUGGAAGAUCUUCCUGUGCCCCUGCUUUUCUCCAUCAUCUAUUAUUUCAUGGUGGGCUAUCGACUCGAAGCAGGACAGUUCUUCACCUUCUUUGUGCUGACCCUGCUCACGCAUUAUAUCGCGGUGACAUUUGCGGCGGUGUCUAUCGGCGUCGCGAGGAGCUUCCCCGGGGCAAGCCUUGUUGGCAACAUGUGUUUCACGCUGCAGUCGUUCGCCUGUGGAUACUUUGUGCAGUCCCAGCAGAUCCCGGUGUAUGUCCGGUGGCUCAAGUGGUGCGCUUACACUUUCUACAUUUUCGGGGCACUGUGCGCGAACGAGUUCAUUGGUACCGGAAAUUCAAAAAUUGGGCAUUUUUAUGACUGCCCAUACUCCAAGGACCUUCUUGACCCGGCAUGCAGAGAAUAUACGGGGCAAUACAUUAUGAACAGCCUGGGACUACCAUCCAACUGGAUUUGGCGACCAAUUGUCAUCCUCGUGGCAUUCACUCUCGGUCAUUACCUGCUUGCAGGUCUAUUGCUGCAAUACAAUCGCUUUGCGAUCGACAUUGCGCAAGCUCGGAAAUCGGAUGGCGAUCUAUCAGCGAAAAAGGCCAAGAUCGCGAUUCGCCCUGCCGAGAAGGCCCGGCAGGUAGCCAUCUCGUUAGACAAAUACGCUCUUGAGAUUCGAAAGCGUCGACUGCCAUGGCAGCGCAAACAAAAACUCCAAAUUUUGCAGCCAAUCACCGCAGAAUUCCAACCAGGGGAGUUGAACAUCAUCAUGGGUCCGUCUGGUAGUGGCAAGACAUCACUCCUCAACUCGAUUGCUCGCAGGCUGCAUGGCUCAGCUAGCACGCAGUACCGUGUUACCGGGCAAAUGUUGUACAACGGGGCCGUGCCGUCUGAAAAUGUGAUUCGCUCCGUGACCUCGUUUGUCACCCAAGACGACGAUGCCUUGAUGCCUUCGUUGACUGUACGUGAGAGCCUGCGAUUCGCAGCAGGCUUGCGGCUGCCAACAUGGAUGACGCGCGAAGAGAAGAAUCGCCGAGCCGAGGAAAUCUUGUUCAAGAUGGGCCUCAAGGAAUGUGCUGAUAAUCUCAUCGGUAGCGAGCUGAUCAAGGGUAUUAGUGGAGGCGAGAAACGCCGAGUGACUAUUGCCAUCCAGAUUCUUACAGACCCCAAAGUGCUUCUGCUGGAUGAGCCCACGUCGGGACUCGAUGCUUUUACCGCAAUGUCCAUCAUCGAAGUGCUGCAGGGCCUCGCAGCCGAAGGGCGGACGCUCAUCAUGACCAUCCACCAGUCGCGAUCGGAUCUGUUUAGCCACUUUUCUCAGGUCCUGCUUCUAGCUCGUGGUGGCUUUCCCGUAUAUGCUGGCCAGGGACAACAGAUGCUCUCGCAUUUCGCGAACUUGGGCCAUGAGUGUCCAAAGACGACCAACCCGGCAGACUUUGUGCUCGACCUGAUCACGGUCGAUCUACAACAAGAGGACCGAGAGGCCAUCACUCGUGAGCGCGUCCAGCAGCUUAUUUCUCGCUGGACCGACGUAAUACCACAACUAGGGCGAACGUCGUCUCGGAUUGCGACUCCGGCGGAAUUGGGUAGUUUGAGACGGCAAAUGUUGCCCUUCCGUGUGACAUUCCCGCUCGUACUACACCGAUCCUUCCUCAACUUCUGGCGCCAGCCGCCAUUGGUGAUGGCCCGGUCGAUGCAGAUCGUAGGCAUUGCGAUUAUCAUGGCGUUGUUCUUUGCGCCGUUGAAAAAUGACUAUGCAGCGGUACAGUCUCGCAUGGGAUUUGUCCAGGAGUUUGCGGCUUUGUACUUUGUUGGGAUGCUCCAAAAUAUCGCAAUCUACCCGAACGAGCGGGACGUCUUCUACCGCGAAGAAGCCGACAACUGCUACUCUGCCGAGACAUUCAUUCUAGCCUACACAACCAUCGAGAUCCCCUUCGAGAUCAUCUCGUCGCUCGUAUUCGGUGUGUUAGCCGCGUUCGCUGAUAACCUGAAACGCAGUGCGCAAAUGUUCCUCAUCAGCGCCUUCAACUGCUUCUGCAUCAUCAGCUGCGGCGAGUCCGUGGGAAUAAUGUUCUGCACGCUGUUCUCGCACGUUGGAUUUGCAGUCAAUGUCACCUCGAUUCUCCUAUCAAUCUCGACCAUCCUCGGCGGCGUGAUGAGCCUGAAUGUCAAUGAUGUUUUGCAGGGCCUGAAUCACCUUUCGCCGAUCAAGUAUGCCAUCGCCAACUUGGCACCGUACUCGAUGCACGGACAGACGUUUCAUUGCACCCCGUCGCAGCAGCUGGCGGAUGGCAGUUGUCCUAUCAAUACGGGCGAGCAGGUGCUUGCGCUGUAUAAUCUGGACAAGAAUGGGCCUAUGAAUGUGAUGGCGCUUGGAGUGUGCACGAUUAUCUAUCGCUUGGUCGCGUAUGCAUUUCUGAAGGUAAUGCGGUCCCAUCGGAUGAUGGAGCGUUGGCGCGAGUGGCGGCAGUCGAGACAGUCGGCUUAA